GAACAGAUUGCACGAGAAAAGCAAGUGAGCGGUAGAGUUCAACUACAAGUAUGGUAUCACAGCGAGAAAAGUGAACUUGUUGUGUCAUUGAUGGCCGGUGAUGAUCUAGCUCCGCGCGACGAUAGUUAUGGAUUUGGUAUUUAUCCCGAAGCAUACGCCAAAGUUAGAAUAUUGCCAAAAACUGGCGAUGGUCAUGUUGCCCAAACGGAGGUAUCAGUACCAACGCAAAAUCCAAUAUGGAACGCCACAUUAUCGUUCUCGAAUAUAUCGCCAGACAAUCUGAUGGAUCGUUUUGUAGACAUCCAACUCUGGGAUUUGGUUCCGCACACCGAAUCGAUAUUCUUAGGUGAAACAAGUGUUGAUUUACAGAAAGCUUUUCUGGAUGAUCGCGCUAUAUGGUAUCGAUUAGAAGAUCCGCGAAGUUUGCGGUCGGGCUCAAUGAAUCGAUCACCAAGUGUGUCUCCACGUGGUUCAAUCAGUGUCGACCAUAAUCGGUAUGGAAGACGAAACGAUUAUUUGCAAAGAUCCGUAUCAGAUGAUGUGGAUUCGAUCGGUGAUGGAACUUCAUUGUUACAUCCGGAUCAUGCAUGGGUGGCCGGUUCUCGACGCGGCUCAUCUCAGUCUGAAACGUUAGAGGUUGAAGUCUAUCAAUUAGGAAAGGACUUUUCAAGAUCGUUACCGGGAUCGCGGCGAUCAUCCUUUCAAGAUCGUGAGCAACAAGAAGCCAAGGAUGGUGAAGCGACUCCACCUCCGACAAUAUAUUUGAAUAAUAGACGACGAUCAUCAUGUGUGCGUCGCGACCCGGAUGAAAUACUGAAAUCUUUAAAAGCCGUGAAAGGAGAAUUGGGUAGAACAAUGAGUUUGUCAGCGGCCGAAAAAAGGCCAACAUCUAGACGAUCAAGUCGAGCUCGCAAGGACAGUGUAAUGGAAAUAUCGGAACGAACACUCGGAAUGGUUAUAAACAAAUUGAGCCCACCGGACGAUGAUAGAACACCGCAAUGGAAAGGAUCAGGAACAUUAUCGAAAAGUCUAAUAAUUCCACCGAAAGAACCGUAUGUGGUGCUUGGUCCAGGACAGGUUCAACCGAAAGGAUAUCGUUUAACGUCUGGCCGCUAUGGCGAAUUGAAAUUAGGACUUUUCAAAAUAAAGGGAACUAUUGAAGUUGAGGUAAUAUCUGCACGUAACAUCGUUAAUGUUGAUUGUGAAACACCUCCCGACACAUAUGUCAAGUGUUAUCUGAGAGACGGCGACAGAUUGCGCCAUAAAAAAAAGACAAGGGUAGUGCGACAUGCUGCUGAACCGUUAUACAAACAAACAUUAAAAUAUCAGACCGCUGAUGUGUUUGGAAGAAAUCUUGUUAUAAUGGUGUGGCAGAGAUGCAUUGGCUUUGAGCACAAUCAGGGUCUUGGUGGGGCUGAACUAUCAUUGGAUAAGUUGAAUUUAUCGCAACAUGUUGGAGGUUGGUAUCCAUUAUUUCCAAUGCAUUCAUUUGGUAGUGACUCAAACGAUUCUCCAUGACGGAAUGUGAUCAGUACCCCGUCAUUGCAGUUGCAGUAUUUUGUGAACGAACUUAUUUAUUGUUUUAGUCUAUAUUAUAGCGAUCACUUGAGAGUAAAAGAAUUGAUUUUACUUUACUAGGGAGGUAAUAGGGCCAUUCCCUCCCUAGGGAAAACCCUUUACCUCGCUCGUAAAGUAAAAUAGCAUGCUGCACACGGGAAAUAAUAUGAUAUCUCGUAUCCAGAUGAGUGAAAGUCCUCUGAUACGUUUACUUAUCUGGAUACGAGGUAUCACAUUACUUCCCUGGUAUAGUAAUCUACUAUUUGUGUCAUCAAACUGUAUAAUUUCAAAGAAUUGUUUGUGCUGUAAGAAAAAUAAAAAAUAUUCCAUGACGAACAUUGAAAGUCUAAAAAUGGAGUGACACGGCUAAAAUCCUGGAAUUCUGUUAUUGAUUUCGUUUUACUAUACUUACAAUAAAUUCUUGUAAUUAAAUUUGCCUACUCUCGACACGUUAAUAUUUAAUUAAUUUAAGUAAAUUCCAUUACGAAUUAAGAAUUCAAAAAACAUGAAAAUAUAAAAUUUAAAAGAAAUUUUACAAGAAAUGGGAAAAACAUGCGUUUAACUGCACAUUGAAAUAAUUAUGUAUAACUAGCAUAUAAGUUUGCAUAAAAUUGCAUAAAUCUUGGUAUAAGUUCUUGGUAAGUGUUUAUUGCAAAAAGAAAAGAAAAAAGAAAAUCAGUGUUCGUGGUUAACGAGUGUCAGACUUGAGCUUCAACCUAAAUAACGUUUCAACGAUUGAACAUUAAUAGCGAACAACUUAAACUUUUGUUAGAACGUUGGAAUCAUAAAUAUAAGUUGAAAACAAAGACAAAUAACCUAAAAUAUAAAAUUUAAAGAAAACACUAAGAAAUUAAGAAAUUGCAAAGACUCUUCAAGCUAAAUUUGUAGCACUUCACGUAGAGAAUAUUUUAGGACAACUGUGUGAUAAAGACGAAUAAAGAUUGACUGUUCUGUAACAUAUAUAAAAAAAUAAUCAAGCUUUCAUCCUCACUAAGGGUUCAAACUUUUAAUGAGUUACGUAAUUAUGUUAUUGAAUCAACUCACUGCACUCAGAGAACGGAUAUUAUUUGUGUCAAAUGGAAUUAUAACUAUUAGGGUGGAUCGAUUUUUACCAACUUUCAAAUCCACAAUCAGUCGCAUGUGUAGCUUGAAGAAACUAAGCUUUUUGCAUCAUUACUUUUUCGUUUCAUUGGCUUGGAUGACCAGACUUUGUAUAAAAUAUUGAUUUUCCACAUACGAUUUUCGAGUGCACGUUUUUUGUGUGUGGAUUUUAAAAUUGGUAAAAAAUCGAUCCACCCUAUUAACUAUAUUCAUUCAUUAAAAGUCUCACAUUAGAAAAUUUCAGCACUGGCGAGUUAUAUCGUAAAAUUUCUGUCAAUUUGACUUGACUCCGUAAAAAGUAGGUUGCAUUUAUUUCUAGGUUGUACUAAAUAAAAGACAAAGUUAAGUCUUGGUCCAUUUUGUACGAUCUGUUUUUGUAGCGUAGUGGUAAGAAUAAUGAACUUCGAGAUUUAGAUAGAUCCUUUUGUCAUUUUUAGCCAUUGUAUUAUUUACAAAAAAAAAUAUCUAAAAACACAUCGUCAGUCAGAAUUUCUUCCAAGUAAAAUAUAGUCCUAUGCAUCGACCUAUACGCCGAUGUUAGGCUUUUGCAGUGAAAACAAAGUAAAAAAUCAAAAAUCAUUUAAAAAAGAAAAAAGAAAAUUCAAAUCCUCGUUGCUUAACCGAGGAUAUAAACGAACACCUUGAUCGUUAUCAAGCACUUAUUGCUCGAUAUCUUUGAUUUGUCUCAUUCUAAAAAUCAUAAAUUCUACAUCUGUAUUGGUUUAAUUUCAAGAGCAAAGAUUAAUAAAAGUGUUGUUUGUACACAAUUAUGGAAGUCUUGUGACAAACGAAUAAAAUUGGUAAGCUAGUUUAAAUUUGAUGCGAAAGUUGAUACAUCUUUAUGAAAUAGGCAAGAGUACUACGGGUAAGUCACCUUGUAAUACGCAAACAUUUUACUGAGAUUUAUGUAAUGGUGUACGUGAUGUGUAGAAAACAAAACUCGAACAAUUCACCUUUUAGAAACGGCUAGUCAUCUAUUACCGCCAACGAAUACAAAAAUAAGCCAUGUGCUCUAACCAGCUUGCUUUUAUAAAGCAAAAGGUGCAAUCAACUAAAGAAGGAAAAGAUUUCAUACUAAAUACAUUAAGAUUCGCCAACAAUCAAAUUUAUUUUGAAUGUCAUUUUAAAGGGGAACGAACGGGCUUUGAGAUAAAUAUAUUAUUUGCUUAGCUUAGUAAGGGUUUUUUAAUUUUCGAGGUUAUAUUUUCAAUUUUUUUUAAUUUAAAAAAAAGUCUCUAGAACUUCAUGCACAACAACAAUAUUUUGUAGUUAGCAAAAUACUAGAAUAUUUUACAUGUGAAAAUGGCACGGGAACAUCCUAAUAAAGAUUUAUAAAAGGUUUAAUCUUCACCAAUCCUUAGAAAUAUGGCCCAAACGUGGUCAUCGACGUUGUUGUGUCCAAGUCUUACUUAAAUGAAAUCAUUAUACCAUUGAUCGCAUUAGGUCGGAAAAUUAUUAACUUGUCGCAUCAAAUUUAAAUGUUCGCUGUACAGAGUCUUUGCUCAUAUCUAUGGCCUAAAAUAAUUAACAUUUUUACAAUGAAUAUAUCAGUAUAUCUCUAGUGUAUUGUAGUUUUAGUCUGUACGUGUAAUUUAAUUAAAAGAAAAAAUUUAAACGACCUAAGCACAACAAAAGUGACGCAUAAUGAUAAAGAUUGUAUUAAAUAAAUGGCCUAUAUGACUAAUUUUGUUGAAUAAUAAUGGGAUUGUUUGUGUACGCUGUCAUAUUCAUAUCUUCAGAAGUAUAAUGUACCUAACUAACUUUAGUUGAAACAAGUCUAUCAAUAAAAAAGAAAGAAUCUAUACACAAUCAAACUAAGAAUUUAGCGAAAAUGAAAUAAUGAAAUAAUUUGUAAAAUGACAAUCCUACUAAAAAAAUUGAGAUAAUAAACAUAAAGUUAAAAAA